GUUACCAAUCUACUCGGAGCUCCUAAUUCAUGUCGAAUAGUCCGAUAACGUGUAAAGUCGAGUCGGCAAAUGUACGACGACGCGCUCCUCGGCCGGAUAAGAGUUUUCUAGGGUGACCGCACCACGCGAAGGAGACUCAGUGCUCAGAAAACCUUGGAGACUUUCGCCCGACCCGGGUCAGGUGCGUGACUGCCGAACGUAGCUAGGCUGUUACGUGGACAUUUUCAGAAUAGACCAGGAGAGUUCGGGAUUAAUGAGUUUCGCUUCUACGGGACAUCAGCGCGUCGUUGCAAAAGCGCAUUAAGGCCAUCCGGGACACUUGAAACGUAGUUCCCCCUCUUUGCAUGUUCUCUGCGUCCACGCACAAUGGAUCCUCGCACUCCAGGCUCCAGCAUCCGAGAGAUGCGCUCAAGUAUUUAACGUUUAACAAGUCCAAGUAUUUUCCGAGCAAACUUUCUUGCUCGUUAAUUCUGGAUUAACGAGCUUCGUUAAUUAACUCGAAGAAUCCUUCCUACGAAUUGUUAUCGCGUCGAGCAGUUGAGAACGAGACCCGGGAAGGAAUUGCAGGGCAAAGAGGUUGCCAUUGCCCUACCGUACGCGCACCGACUGUCAGCCGUCUUCCUCCUCGUCAGGAAAUCGUAGACGCGACAUUGCAUUUAUCACGUAUCUAAACUUUCGUCACCUAUUGUCCCUCCGAUCUCAGUCCACUGUAUUCGCUAUUGCCGCAUGAGCUUCUUCGACUCGUCUCCCACUAGGGAUGCACAGAGCUUUUCAAUUGCCGGGCUCAUUGUGAAAUGUAGUGCAGUCCUUCUGCAGAGUCGUUGUCGAAUUACGGCAAGUUUUUACGCUUGAAAAACAUAAACGCAACCUUCGGUGUUGCUCAGCAGGAAGCAGCGUACUGUGACCAUUUGGCGCUAUAUAAGUUGUCCAGGUCGCUCCUACGAAUUAUCAGUAAAUCUGCUGUGUCGAAGCUUAGCAACAUGUCGAAGUUCCUAGUCCUCCUUGCCGCGGUUGCUGCCGUCUCCGACGCCAUCCUCGUCGGCUACAAUGGCGCUUACGAGGUCGGCCCGGGACCUUACGGCCCUUACGGCGCUUACGGCGCUUACGGCUAUGAGCCAGCCCAUGCGAAUUCUCACGUAUCCGUUGCCGGACCUGUUGCCAUCGCAGCCCCCGUUGCCCAGGCUGGCUACCUGGGUGCCUACGGGAAUCCCUACGGUUAUGGAUACGAUCGAUCUCAGGACUAUUACGCGUAUCCUCAAUAUGCCUACAACUAUGGCGUCCACGAUCCUCACACGGGUGACGUUAAGAGUCAGGAAGAAAUCCGCGACGGAGACGUCGUCAAGGGUUCCUACAGCCUGAACGAGCCCGACGGCACCGUGCGCGUCGUCGAUUACACGGCCGACGACCACAAUGGAUUCAACGCGGUGGUCAAGAGGAUUGGCCACGCCGUUCAUCCUGCUCCGGUUCCAGCUGUCAAAUACGUCGCCGUCCCCGCGCAAUACGAUCACGGAUACGGAUACGAGAAACCCUGAGGGACUUGGAAGUCACGUCUCGUUUCUCAAAUCGUGGUCACCGACAGUUUGCGCAUGGACUUAUUUAUAUACUUGGACGCAACGCUUUAUUUUCAUUAUUUAUAAUUAAAUAUUUAUUCUUCCCUCAUUACUGUAUCAUGAAAUAUUUUUAUUUCAUUCGUUUCAAAUAAAAAGUUGCUGUGAGCUAAUUUUUCUUAGAAAUUAUGUUUAAAGUAUUUAUGCCUUGAGCGUAAUUCUACUUUGUGUUUUCUUCUUUAAAUAUAACAUUUUUUCGAAAAAAUUAAGACGAAGC